CUCUCUCUCUCUUUCUCUCUCUCUCUCUCUCUGACGCCCAUUCUGGCCUCUCUCUUCGAUUCGAACCCUAAAGCUUCAGAAUCAGACACUAUCAGUGGAUAGGUUCCGAGCUUCAAUGGAGGCAACCCGACGUGACUGAUAAGUUUUAAGGCUUGGGAACUUGGCAUUUGCAGUGACUAAAUGUACAUAAAAGAGGUAAUUUUUCUCCUCUCAAAAUUCUAGCUGCUGUAAAUUUGUGGGCUGGUUCCAUGCCUGGCAACGAAGUUGGAGAUAGGGUCCACAAUUUCUUUGGUCAAGAGAACUUGUCUCAGGGCCAGCAUCAUUCACAGGCUGGUCACGGAAACUGGCACGGUUUAAAUAACAAUCCUUUAGUCGGAAACCAGAGACAGUUCGGUGCUUCUUUUAUUUCUGAUUUAAAGAACUACAAUGUACAACAAUCAGACUCUGAGAGGGGAGAGGGAAGUCGGUCUUUGCAUGUGCCACAUGGUUUCAACUUGACACAAUCAAAUGUGAGGUCUGAGUUUGGCAGAAGUUUGCCUCAGAACCAGCAUACAACUUUGAAUGGCCAUGUGCAUGGGCAUCAAUUUGUCCAGACAAGGCAGAAUGAAGCAAACUUUGUGGGAGUGGAUACAGAAUCCGAUUGCCAUAAUUUAUCACUGAGAGGCAUAUCUAUUCUUGAGUCACAGCAAGGGAAUGGUCCUGAGCUUACUAAGAAAAACUCAUCAAGGUUGGAAGCUGCUGAAUCUCCCGUUAAUUAUGACUUUUUUGGAGGUCAACAGCAAAUGAGUGGCCAGCAGCCUGCCAUGCUGCAAUCUUUGCCGAGGCAGCAGCCAGGGAUCAAUGACAUUCAGCUUCUACAGCAACAAUUCAUGCUCACACAAAUGCAAGAACUUCACAGGCAGCAACAAGAGGAAAGGCAGCAGAGUUCUAUAAAUCAGGUUUUCCCUGUUCCAAAACAGACAGUUCCCAACCAUUCAGCUGUGCAAAUCAAUGGCAUUCCUAUUAACGAGGCAUCUAAUUCUCCAUGGCUGCCUGAGCUUGUGGCAGGUAACACAAACUGGCUGCAGCGUGGUCCAUCUCCAGUUGUGCAAGGAUCUUCUAGGGGACUUAUGUUAUCCCCCGAGCAAGGCCAGGCAUUGCGUCUGAUGGGAUUGGUUCCUCAACAGGUUGAUCAAUCUUUAUAUGGGGUUCCUAUUUCUAGUGCAAGAAGUACUCCAAAUCAAAAUUCUCAUGUUCAAAUGGAUAAGCCUGCAUUACAGCAGGUAUCAGCCAGUGGUAAUUCAUUUUCAGGUCAUCAGUACUCUACAUUUCCUGGUCAGGUUAGUGUGCAAGAUGAAAAUUUUUCUUCCAGACAGGAUUUUCAAGGUAAAAAUAUGUUCAGUCCUGCUGGAGGCCAAGGCCUAAGCAGUGGAUUUAAUUUGGACCACGUGCAGCAAGUGGAUCCCCAGCAAAGAAGUGCAUCCAUGCAAGAAUUCAAUGGGAGGCAAGAGAUAGCUGGAUCUUCAGAAACAUCACAGGAGAAAACACUGAUGCAGGUUGCCCCUUCACAGAGCGUGUCUUCCUUAGAUCCAACUGAAGAGAAGAUCUUGUUUGGUUCGGAUGACAAUCUGUGGGAUGCCUUUGGAAGGAGCACAGGGGUUUGUAACAUGUUGGAUGCUCCUGAUUUUUUAAGUGGAUUUCCUUCUGUGCAAAGUGGGAGUUGGAGUGCUCUUAUGCAGUCUGCUGUUGCUGAAACUUCUAGUGCUGAUAUAGGGCUUCCAGAAGAGUGGAGUGGCUCGACUUUUGGGGACACAGGGCCUCCGACUGGGAAUCAGCAGCCCUUAACCAUUAAUGAUAGUAGCAAACAGCCAGUUUGGACUGAUAACAACUUGCAGACUGCUUCGGCUUUGAGUUCUAGACCUUUCCCCCCUUCUGAUGAUGCAAAUAGGCCCUCUACGAGUACGAAUUAUUUUAAGGUUCCAGGAUUUCAGCACUCAGGGCUCAAAACUUUGCAUCAACAGGGUGACAGGUUACAAACUGGUUCAUCUCAUACAACUAUUGAACGGUUUCAGCAAGAAGGAAGCAAAUGGUUAGAUCGUAGCCAGCUACAAAAGCCACUUGCUGAAGGCAGUCAUAUUUAUGGAAAUGUUGCUCACUCUUCAGGGGUAGAAAUAAAUGCCAAGAGCAUUUCGGGUUCUUUGGCCCAUCAGCAGAGCAUAUCUUCAUAUAAUAGUGGUGGCCAGCCAUACAGUAGAUCAAGUGGUUGGAACUUCCCGGAAUCUUUUUCACCUGAUAGUGGUGCUACUUUGAAACAUCAUGAGAAUGAAAAAUCAUCUCUGCUGACUCAGAGUAGUGAUCAUAAGGAAGCCACACAAGAAGAAAUUGCCCGUGGUGCUGGUCUAUGGAGGGCUGCUCCUGUUCCCAAUUCAUCUGUUGGAUUGGAACAUGUAAAACCUGGCAUAGGUAGCUUGCAGGUUUACAGGGAAGUUUCCAGUUCUAGUAGUAUUGUUGCGGUACCUAAUUCAAGCACUGCAAGGGCCAACCAGGAAAGAAGCCACCAGCUUCAAAAUAAUAAUAAUCUUGAUUUCUGGAAGGAUGUUCAGUCUUCAGGGAACUCCAAAGGAAAUGAGGUUGUGGGGAAAUACCAGCAUCAUCUCGAUGAGAACCCUCAAGCUUUGCAGUCAUCAGGGAAUAAUGGGUUGGAUAAGGGAGCAGUUGAAACGAAUGAAAUGGAGAACUUAUAUAAAAAAGAAAACUCAAGGGACAGUUUUCACUCUAACACAUUGCUUCAUACUUCCACUGGUGGCUUAAGAGAGAAUGUUUGGUUAGAUGCUAGUGAUUCUCGUACUUUGAUUGGGGGCAAACAAAAGUUAUCCAAUCAAGUUAAUCAAAAACCUGGAGCUCGCAGAUUUCAGUAUCAUCCAAUGGGGGAUGUAGAUGUCGUGGAGCCUUCUUAUGGCGCAAAAUAUAAUGCUAAUCCUCAGGCCUUGGCUCAGCAGGUUUCUCAAGGAUUAAGAGGCCAUAACCAGGUGCAUGCUGACCAGCGAUCAGCUGAUCAUACUGAUAGAAAUUGUAUGGGAUUGGAGAAGGGUGACACCAAAGGCUUAGACGAGUUACCUUCAAAAGGCAUGCUUCCGGGCUAUGUACCUAAUUCAUCUGCUUCCUUUCUCAAAUCUGUGGGUAAUUUUACCCCUAACAAGACAGCUACAUCAAGUCAAAAUAUGCUGGAGCUUCUUCACAAGGUGGAUCAAUCAAAUGAACAUGGUGGCACCAGAAGACACAGUAGCUCUUCUGACUGCUAUCUGUCUUCUGAGAUGCCUGAAACAGAAACUUCUGAUGGACCAUACUGUCACCUUCAGCAAAAUCAGUCUUCCGCUACUCAGGGCUUUGGUUUACAGUUGGCCCCUCCAUCUCAACGGUUGCCAAUUCCUGACCGUGCCUUAUCUUCCCAGAACUCCUUACAAACAGUUCUUGGUUCAUCUCAUGAAGCUUCUAGGACUGAGGAUAAGGGUAACAUGUGGUUGGCUUCCACAGCCUCUGUUCAGUCUUUGACAUCUUCGUGUGAAUCAUCUCAAGGUGAAUUUCGGAAUAAUGUUUCUGGUAGCUUAGGCCAAACAGAAAAUAAACUGUCACAGUACAAAGUCCAAGAAAAAUUUUCUACAGCUUUUAUGUCUGGUUCUUCUUUCUCUAGUAAUCAUCCUCAAGGUCAGCACAUGACUGUUGCAAGUGGACAGCAGAUGCCAAAUCAGUCUGGAAACAUGUCUAUCAACAGGUUUACUUCUCAGUCAAAACAGAUUGAUGAAUCUGGUGAGAGAGCUCAAGCUGGUCAAUCUGCCCUGGAGUCAGCACCAGAUGUCUCCACGAGUACUCAAAAUAACCUUGCUUGUUCUGCGGAGAUGUCCCAGCUGAAUAGUUGUGACCAAACUCGUUCAAGAGAUCCAGCUCAACAAAUCUCAUCUUUGGAGGGCAUGCCAGUCUCUCUGCCUUCUGUUACAGCUGGCAUUUCUCGACCAGAUUCCGUUAAAACAAUAUUUCCUAAUUUUUGGAGCAGUGAUUCAAGCCAGCAACAUUUAUUAGGUGCCCAGCCAUCGAAGGCUUCAUCUAACUUGUUUAAGUCCCACCUACGAUCAGAUAACAAUUCUGGACCUUUGAAUAGUAAAGAUGUCCAGAAAGGAGGGAAUAGUCUAUCUGGAUUUUGUGCAACUUCUUUAAAUUCAGAAGGCUUUGUAGAGCAAUCUGUGAAAGAAAGCCCCGGGCAGCAACUAUCAUCUGAGAAUAUUGACCUUCUCAAACGGACAUCGAGUGUAUUGCAGGGGAAUGAGUCCGUUGUAAACAAUCCUUCUGAUUCAUUUCAUUCAAAUGCUGCUGCUACUCAAAGAGACAUUGAAGCUUUUGGCCGUUCUUUAAGACCAAAUAAUGUUACGCAUCAGGAUUACUCCUUACUGCAUCAAGUACAAGCCAUGAGAAGUGCCGAGAUGGAUCCAAGUAAUCGCAGUAUGAAGAGAUUUAAAGGUCCAGAUUCUGGUAGGGAUGUACAGCACAUAGCUCCUAAAGGAGGACAACAGCCAUCAUAUGGAUACAAUGAUAUGGUUCGAGAUGCAUCGUGUGAUUACAGUUCAGGUCCAUCUGGAGAUUCAAAGAUGCUAAGCUUUUCAGCUAAGCCAGGGGAAAGUCGGGAUACAAAUGCAUCUUCUCAGGAUAUAUUGGCAUUUGAUCUGGACGGUUCUCAUAAUCUAUCAAGUAGUAAUAGUGUAGCUGCUGUUCGAUCUGAGAAUUCUCAGAUUAGUCCCCAGAUGGCACCAUCCUGGUUUGAUCAGCAUGGAACCUUUAAAAAUGGACAGAUGUUGCCAACAUAUGAUUUGCGGAAAACUGCCACUACGAAGGGUUUGGAACAGCCGUUUGUUGUUGGGAGGCCAUCUGACAGUGUACUUGCUUGCAAUUUAAUGGAUCAAGUUAGUGCUACCGCCGAUGCUAGUUAUCUAGCUAAUGUCCGGCAAAGUCGCUCUACAUCGGCAGAAAUUGAAAAGUUGUCAUCCCCUCAUUUAUUGCUUCCUGAUGUCACUGAUCAAAGUCUGGUUGUGAGAUCGAAGAAGCGUAAAAGUGCUACAUCAGGACUUAUACCAUGGCAUAAAGAAUUGGAGGGCUCCCAGAUGCUUCCGAAUAUCAGUGCGGCAGAAUUAGUCUGGGCCCACACUGCAAAUCGACUGAUUGAGAAGAUGGAAGAUGAAGAAGCAGUGGAAGAUGGAUCACCGAUGCUUAGAACAAGCAGAAGGCUAAUUUUGACAACACAACUUAUGCAGCAGCUGCUUCCACCUCCUCCAGCAGCAGUUCUAUCAACUGAUCCUAGCUCACACUGUGAGAGCGUGCCUUACUUUAUUGCUAGAUCAGCAUUAGGAGAUGCAUGCAGUGCAAUCUCGUGCUCUGGAACGGAUACCUGUGUGCCUCCUGACAGUGGAAAACUCCUGUCUGAGAAGCUUGCAACAUUUGGAAGAAUUGAUGGUCAGUACUUAAAAGUCAUGGAAGACUUUAUUGGCAAAGCGAGGAAGCUCGAAAAUGAUCUGUUGAGACUGGACAACAGAGUCUCAAUAGUAGACUUAAGACUGGAAUGCCAGGAACAAGAGAAGUUUUCUGUCAUCAAUCGUUUUGCGAAAUUCCAUGGCCGGGGGCAAGCUGAUGGGGCUGAGACCUCAUUGUCCUCUGAUACAAAUGCAAAUUCUCAAAAAUCUUUCCCCCAGAGAUAUGUUACUGCACUUCCAAUGCCUAGGAAUCUCCCAGACAGGGUACAAUGUCUUUCACUUUGAUCAUUAAUUAAUUGAUUUUUUCCUCUUCCUUGGGCAAAUUGUCUUCA